CCAGUGCCGAAUUUUCACACUAUCGCAGGAUGGCAAGGAACGGGUGGGCUGCUGCGGAUGUGACUCCCGCACCGCCGAAGGCGGAAACAGGAAGCAACGAAUGGGGCGCCACGGGCUCAACGAUAACGCAGUCUCACUACCACCCACAAGGCUCUAUCGGAUUGUCCAUUCCAUUCUCUCAGAGCAGAUUACAACAUUACCGUCAGCUGUAUGUGCGAUCUCCCGGGUUUUGUCCUCUUCCACUGGCCCCACCAGCACCUCAGUGUGAGCAGAAUCUUCUGAGCAAUAAUGACCCCCUUGCAAGGCAUGAGCUGGGGAAAGGAAUCAGGGCCAAAGGGGACUGCGCUCAGAAUGAAACGACCAAAGCUGCAGCAGAAGCAUUACGCUUGCUUCAGAAAAGGGCUCUCGCGUAUGAAGGCGAGUCUAACCACUACAAAAAAAUAUAUCAUGAGCUCAAACAGGACGUCGCAAGGUUGGCUGAAGAGCAUGCUAAGCAAUUGGCGAGGUAUGAGGAGAUGAGACGCGAGCACGAAGAGGAGAGAAAAGCGAUGGAAAACGGGAUGAGUUUGAUAAAAAAAGAGCUUGAGACAGCUAUGGAGGAAACAAGGAAGGUGGAGGAGGAAGGGAGGAAGAUAAGGGAAAGACUUGCUGAAACAGAGGAGAACUUACGGAAGGAGAGGGAUAGUGUGGAGCGUGCAUGCAAGGAGAGAGAUGUUGCGAUGAGAUCCCUACAGGACUGCCAGACCCAUCUGGAUAACGCAAUGGCUGAAUCUUUUUAUAACUUCACUGAUGUGGCCUUGAGUGUUACUCCAGGCAUGAACUUACCCGACUCCUCUAAUUGCGAAUGUCGUAGAGCCUUUCCACAUUGUUAUGAUCUUGUGGAUGGCCAUAUUGUGUCUGUUCACUACAAUAUCAUCUCCGAUGAUAGCCUUCGCAAGCUUUUUCAAGAAGGCUCGAAGUAUCGUCUGGAUGGGGAAACUGCUGAUGUGCUUCAGGCACUGGCAAUUGGACUAGAUGAAUACAUUGCCAAUUACAAAAGGUUGUUGGCCUGACAUUCUCGAUCUGCUUCUUUCUCAUCUCUUUCUCAGAAGAUGAACAACUGGCGUUCUGCAAUCCUUGC